UCACAGUUUCAACAUUUUUCAAGUCUCCUUUCUUGUUCUAAAAUCUCUGUCCAAACCCAAUAUUCAAAAACCGUUCACAUCAAAUUUUUUACAAUGAGGAGCAACGCUAAGAAGCAAAGCAAGUUGAUGUACAUUAUUUGUGCACCCAUUAGGACCUUGACCAAGGCCAGGAACUUUUACAUGAGGAGCUUGGAAGAUUGUGCUGGCAAGGUAGGUUAUGGUGGUGGUGGAGUGAGUGGCUACACUGCCUCUCAAGUUCCACGCUUGCCCAAGAGCUUCAGUGUCAAUUCCUCGAGCUCUAGCGACGAUGAGGACUUGAGGCAGCUUCUCAGAACGGCGUCGUCGAAGAAUUCGAAGAGGAAUGAUGUAGAGAAGAAGAACAAUAAUAAACCUGCAGGUGAUUUAGAUGUGCAUCGAAGACCAGUUGUGAGACAAGCAGCUCAACCCAUUGGGAGACAACAAACUAUGAAUGGGAUGGGGAUGAGGAGUUAUAGUGUAGGGUUGAAGAUGGGAAGGAUUGAUGAGGAGAUGGCUUGUUCUUUUGAGGAAGAUGAAGUGAAUGUUGUGAAGGCUGAUUUGUAUCCAAGAAGUAGAAGUUAUGCUGUUAAGAGAAGAAGUGGUGGGUUUGCAUAAUUGACGGAAGUGGUGAAGUGAAAAAAUUUCAAUUUCAAAAGUAAAGUGAGACUGAGUGCUCGUUUCAAGAAGUAAAACAGUAAUUAAGCUUAAUUAAUAUUAGUGAAGGAUUUGAUUUCUUGAUUCUUUGGAUGUAAAAAAAAAGUAUACAUAGGAAAGAGUUGGUGUGAGAGAGAUUGAACCAUUUCUCAAUUCCUCUAUCAACUCCCAUUUUUUUAUUUUGUUCCUUUCAUAUAGGCAUUGAUAUUUGGAAAUUUAAUUGAAGUUUACUCU